AGGGAAAAAAAGAAAAAAGAAAAACAGAGAGAGAGAGACCCAAAUCCAACCGAAUCCGAAACGAUAGAAGAAAAAAAAAAAAAAAAAUCGAAAGAAAGAAACCCAACAACCCAUUUCUCUAUUUCUCUUCUGCCUUCGUCUCUACUUCAUUUCUAACCAUUUCCGAAAAUCCCAUCUCAACAACCACUGAAAAAUCAUCUCCACCUCUCUAUCUCUCUUAAAACCUCGCUUGCGGAGGGAAAGAUGGUGUUGGAUUUCAGAAGGAACAGCGAGAACAGGGAGUUCUACCCCAAGAUGAAGAUCCUUCACCGGCAAAAUACAAGAAACAUCGAUAAAUCCAUUUCCCCUUCUCGUUUCAACCGUUAUUUCAGAUGGGUUCUCUGGUUUUCUCUUUCCUUCUAUUUCAUCUCUUCUUAUCUCAUCAGCAGCAGUAGUAGCACCACCACCACAACAACCACAGUCAUCCCUCCCUCCAAAACAACCACCUUCUCAGCUUCUCGGGUCCUAAUCGAGAACCCCACAAAAACCAACGUCUCAAAAUCUCAAUCUGGUCUCAUGGCCAGCGAUUUGAAGGUGUACGUCUACGAUCUGCCGUCCGAAUACAAUAGAGACUGGCUUUCAAACGAGCGCUGCAGCAGCCAUCUGUUCGCGGCUGAGGUAGCCAUCCACGAAGCUUUGAUGGAGAGCGAGUUUCGGACGUUGGAUCCAUGGGAGGCCGAUUUCUUCUUCGUCCCCGUCUACGUCUCCUGCAAUUUCAGCACCGUUAAUGGCUUCCCUGCUAUCGGCCACGCCCGGCGUCUUUUAGCAUCGGCGGUGCAUCUUAUCUCCUCUGAGUUGCCGUUCUGGAACCGGAGCGACGGGUCGGACCAUGUGUUCGUUGCAUCGCACGACUAUGGGGCUUGCUUCCAUGCCAUGGAGGAUGUGGCAAUUGCGGAUGGGAUUCCGGCGCUCUUGAAGAAGUCGAUCAUCUUGCAGACGUUCGGUGUCAGAUACCGGCACCCGUGUCAGGACGUAGAGAACGUGCUGAUACCGCCUUACGUGUCGCCGGAAAGCGUACAGAAGGCGCUGGAUGGAGCGCCGGAGAGUGGCGAUAGGGAUAUUUGGGUGUUUUUCAGGGGCAAAAUGGAAGUACAUCCCAAGAACAUUAGUGGCCGAUUUUACAGCAAGGGAGUGAGAACGACGAUCUGGCACAAAUACAACGGGAAUCGGAAGUUCUACAUAAAGCGGAAGAGGUUUGCCGGUUACCAGUCGGAGAUUGUACGGUCCGUAUUCUGCCUCUGCCCCCUCGGGUGGGCCCCAUGGAGCCCGCGACUGGUUGAGUCGGUCGCCCUUGGCUGCGUUCCAGUCAUCAUCGCCGAUGGAAUCCGCCUCCCUUUCCCUUCGUCCGUCCCCUGGCCGGACAUCUCCCUCACCGUCGCCGAGAGCGACGUCGGGGAUCUCGCACGCAUCCUCGAUCACGUGGCAGCUACCAACCUCUCCGCCAUACAGCGGCGGCUGUGGGACCCGUCGAUCCGCAGGGCCCUCCUGUUCAACCGGCGUAUCCAGUCAGGUGACGCCACGUGGCAGGUGCUGGACGCCCUCUCGCGGAGGCUACACCGGUCCCUCAGGCGAUCUCGGGUCCACAGCGAAGGAGAUUCCACCACGUGGAGAUGAGGGAUAGGGUGGUGCAGGAAUGCCAGCUGGCCAGACGCUUUUCUUUUUAUACCCAACGUGGAGGCUGACGCAGGCAAUAAUGGAAAGACAGCUGGCUCUCCUUGGAUUGUUCCCCCUUCACGGGACUCCUCUAAGACGUGGUGGGGCCCACUCUUUGGAAGUGCGGCGCCUCGCUCCGCUUCUGAUUUAUCGCUGACGUGUCAAUAUAAGAUUGGUUGGUGAGUUGUGACCAGGAGGAGAGGACGUCUUGUGAUAGGGCAGGAUCCCGUUGGACAACUUUGCUAGUUCACUACCAGUUUUAGGCAAUGUCUGGCUGACAUGUACGGCCAUUGGGUGGUUAGCUGUAUGAUAUGAAUGGUCUAGAUCGACACCAAAAAUUAUAAAGCGGCUAAUGAACUAUCACCGUAGAGUUAUUGUAGCAGAAGGAAAAAGGUGCCCGAAAGGAAAGAGCAUACUACGACUUAAAAAGAAAAAAAAGAGAGAAA